AUGGUUAGGGUCUCGUGUGGGGUUAGGCCAUUUUUGUUCGACGAACUUGAGGAUCCGCCAAAGGAUAUCAAGACCACUUUCUCCAUUGUAACUACCAAACUAACUACCAAUGGUGCCCCUGAUGUCUUCGCAUCGGUCGCCGCGGUUCGAGGAGGCCAAUACCGAACUGGGUUCGGAGCAAUACUCUCUGCGGGGACCUUUGUCUCUGCUUUUGUUGUUGGUUUCCUAGCUAUCUACGCCGCACCCUUUUCGUUGAACCCUGUGACUUUUGCUGUUGGGUUUUAUGUGUUUUUUGUUGGGAUUGUGUUUUGGAUGGAUUUUGGAUUGGGUGAAGGGAGGAGGAAGGUUGGGGCUGAGGUGGGUUUGGUUGGGGAAGGUGAGGUGGAGAAGGGUUUGGUUGAACAAGACUGCGAGAUCGGAGAGUUUUCGAGGAAUUUGGAGGAAGUGAAGCUGAGGCAGGCUCUGAGGAAAGAAUACAGCUGUAAGGAGUUUUUUAGAAAGGUGUAUGCUGAUGUCCUAGAUAUACCAAACUUGAUUGGGUGGGUAGCUAUCUCAAAAGCAUGGCAACUUCCUGUCAUGUUUCUAUUAAAGCUCACUAUUCGUCAAACCACACCUUCAGAAUGGAGCAGGUUCUAUGCAUCAGCCAAUAUUGUUCUUUGCCCCUUAGCUCUUUUAUAUGCUUGCAAUUCAUUCAUGCCAUUUGAUCAUCCAACUGUUUUUCUCCUUCCACAAACCCAUUUCCCUCUCUGGUUUAUAAUACUAUUUGCUAGCUUCUCGCUUGCAGUGCUUCAUUUCAUAAUAGAAAAAGAGCCCCCAAAAACUGAGCAGAUACCUGUGCUGCUCAUAGCGUUUGUCAUGAGUGUGUUCUGGAUAUCCACUAUUGCUGGGGAAUUGCUGAACUGCCUUGAAGCACUUGGAUCACUUCUUGAAUUGCCACCAGCACUUCUUGGGCUCACAGUGCUUGCAUGGGGAAAUUUAGUGGGGGAUCUAGUUGCCGAUGUGGCAGUUGCCAAAACUGGUCAGCCUGCAAUGGCCAUGGCUGGCUUCUUUGCUGGGCCAAUGUUUAACAUGCUUGUUGGGCUUGGAACAGCUUUGGUGAUACAAACUGCCGAUGUUUAUCCAAAUGCUUUUGAGCUACAUUUUCAUUUGGGAAUUGUGUCUGCAUUUGUCUUCCUGUUACUGAGCUUGAUGGGGUCUCUACUGGUGAUUAUUUGGUACAGAUUCUGGGUGCCUAGGUUUUGGGGGUUUUGUCUUGUUGGUUUGUAUAUUCUUUUUAUGGCCGUUAGCUUAAUAAUUGCCAAGUUUUCUGGGUGA